UUAUGUGAAAGUUAACUCAUAUUUAAAAUUAUUCUCACUUAUCAGAGCUUGACUUAUCAAAUUAAUCGGAAGCUUUGCGAAAGAUAUUACACAUAUAGCAAUUACACUUCAGUAAUAUCCUACGGAAUUUCCUACAAAAUCUUCUAUCAGUUCCUACGGAACUUUCUAAAGACCAAGCUGACCGAGUCGGUACGGAGACUUUGAAUCAGGUCGCUAUACUGCAGUCGUGCGCAAACAGUUGAGAAGAACGCAUGUAAGUGAAGCCGUGAAACAUUUACCACGAACAUGUGGCCUUUCAGCAGUAUAUGCACCAGCAAAGCACGUCUUAUGGGUAAAACGGUAGUCAUAACGGGCGCGAAUACUGGAAUCGGCAAGGAGACCGCCAGAGAUCUUUACAGAAGAGGUGCAAGGGUAAUUUUAGCCUGUCGUGAUAUUAAAAGAGCAGAGAAUGCACUCGAAGAUUUAAAGAAUAAUCCACCAUCGAGGCCGGACAGAGAACAGUUUGAUGGUGGUCCAGGUGAGCUUGCGAUCUACCCACUAAAUCUGUGCAGCCUUAAGAGCGUGAAGGAGUGCGCAAAGAGUUUGUUGACGAAGGAAUCGGCCAUUCAUCUCCUCGUCAACAAUGCUGGAGUGAUGUUGUGUCCAUUCGAGAAAACGGAAGACGGUUUCGAGAUGCAGCUGCAAACGAAUCAUCUCGGCCACUUCCUCCUGACGCUUUUGCUAUUGCCGAAGAUUAUGUCCUCGGGACCUGGUUGCAGAAUACUGAAUGUGUCAUCGAGACUUCAUCUUCGUGGCACUAUACAUUUCGACGAUAUAAAUAUGGAAAAAUCAUAUAGUCCCCUGGGCGCUUACAAUCAGAGCAAACUUGCGAACGUGUUAUUUACCAAGGAGCUCGCUCGUCGGUUACAAGAAGCGAAUAUCAAUGGGAUAAAUGUAUAUUCUUUGCACCCCGGUGUAAUAAGGACGGAACUGGGUCGAUAUAUGGAUAGGUCAGUAUUUCGAGGUGCGAGAUUCCUAUCCCAGUUGCUUUUGCGACCGUUUUUCAAGAGUCCAGAGCAAGGUGCGCAAACAACUAUUUAUUGUGCGGUAGAUGAAAAAGCAGCGACUGAGACUGGUCUCUAUUACGAGGAAUGCAAUGUUGCGAAUGCACAUCGGAUAGCGAAUGACGACCGAGUUGUAAAGCAAUUAUGGGAUCAAAGUUGUCAUCUUCUGCAUCUAGAACCAGAGGAAAAUCUUCAUACGUUUUUGCAAACCGUAUCACGGCAAGUUGCCGAAUAGCAUAUCCGAAAUUAUUGGAACCAUGAAUAAAUAUAUUUAUAUAUUGAAUAAAGACUUUUGUUACAAAUAAAUCAACUAAUGUGACCUGCAUUUUUUCGUCGAUUUAUUAUAACUUUCAUGUUUAAUAAACCAAUUAGAGUCCUCAUCGUUGCCACGAUGAAAAUAAAGGACUUUGGUCAAUUUUCUUAUG